CAUCGCCCUGAUACCGAGAAUUUGUCCGUCUCUUCCCGACGGUUGUAUCCGUCGGUAUCUUGAAGUAUACAAUUCACAUUAACAAGGUGCCGGGACUUAACUCCGCGUAGUUUAAAAUCUGUGCAUGUGAUUGCUUCAUUGUUUAUAUCUCGCGUGAGGAUUGGUCAUAUCGGAUCUUGUGUUGUUGCUUUUUCAGGCCGAUAGCUGCAAUGCGAUAUACUAGAACUGACGGAGGCAGCGACACAGGCGGAUCGCUUACUAGUGUAAGAGCUGUGAUCUAUAGGUGGAGGUGGCUCUGUUCUGGAGGUUUCAUAGUUACUGCACAUUGUAAAUGGCGACUAUGUGGUCUUUAGAUGAUCAGGGGACUCAACAGCAAUUAAACAGAAUGAGCCAAAGGUCAUCAGGAAUUAAAGCACCCACCAAGAUAGCAAAACCUACAACCUUACCUACCAAAACACCAACGACGGGAGGGACGACACCAGCGCCACCUCACACCUCUCCACCCUCUAUUGCGGCAUCCGCUGAUAUACGAUCAGAUAUUUCUGAUAUAUUUGCCCAAAGCACAGAGGAUUUUACUAUUGGAGACAAGAUUUGGGUAAAUGGCAAUAAAUCAGGUUAUAUCCAAUAUCUUGGAGAAACCCAGUUUGCUCCAGGGCAGUGGGCUGGAGUUGUACUGGAUGAACCUCUUGGUAAAAAUGAUGGUUCUGUUGGAAGCAUUCGGUACUUUCAGUGUGAGCCUAACAGAGGAGUUUUUGUACGUCCCUAUAAACUCUCACAUUUCCCUACUAGCCCAAACAGUGUAGCUGCCAAUGAUGCUAUGCAGUUAAGUUUAAGCAGAGCAUCGACGACCCAUUCAGGAGGGAUAUUAACCAGUUCGACUACACAACUGCCAUGUUCGUCACCAGUUAUAAGUAUGAAGGAUGGAACAACACCUCCUGGGAUGAGUAGUAAUACCACUCCUGAUGAUGACCAAGUUAAAGUUGGAGAUCGAGUUGUAGUCAAUGCUACUAGUGGCAUCAAGAUAGGUACUCUUCGUUAUCUUGGAACCACUGAAUUUGCUAUGGGACAGUGGGCAGGGAUUGAAUUAGAUGAACCCCAAGGAAAAAAUGAUGGCUCAGUUGCAGGCAAAAGAUACUUUGAAUGUGUAAUGAAGUAUGGCUUGUUUGCUCCUAUUCACAAAUUAACAAAAGCUGUGGGAGACACUAGCAUUGCUCACUUUACCUCAAGUAUGGGCCCACUGCUUCAACAUCGGACAGGAAGUCAUGAGUCACUCAUUAGCUCCAUCAGUUCUACAUCUAGUGCUGCAUGUGGUGUCAAUAGAGUGAGGCUAGAAGUGACAUCACCUACUAGCCCACAGAGAUCCUCACAUCCUUCAGCUACAAAUAAUGCUCUCCAGGAAGCACUUAAAGAAAAGGAAGAUCACAUUGAACAACUCCUUCGGGAAAGAGACCUGGAACGAGCAGAAGUAGCUCGAGCUGCAGGUCAAGCAGAUAAGGCUGAGCAAAAGCUGGCAGCUUUAAAAAUAGAACAUCAAAGGUACGUAGAUGAAACUCAGAUCAGUAUCAUUCAACUGCAUCAGCUUCUGGAAAAAGCUCAUAUCGAGAAAAAAGAAGCAUUAGCUCAACUAGAUGAUGAGAAGAGAAAAGUUGAAGAUUUACAGUUCAGAAUUGAAGAAGAGUCAAUAGAUAAGAUUGAUUUGGAGACUCAGUCCAAACAAGAAAAAGAAAAGAUCCUGGAAUUAGAGAGACUUUUACAUGAAGAGCGUCAACACUUAAGAACUUCAGAUUCUAGCAAUAAUCUGGACAUCCCUGGAAAUGAACUAUUGAAUUGGCACGAGGAAGAAAUCGAAAACCUUAAGCAGAACAUAUCAAAAGUUGAAGAGAAAAUAAACUUAUUAAAAGUUAAAAGGGCAUCUGAAAGAGUUGCUGCCAGUGAAUUACAUGAAGACAUAGUAAAUAAAGAUGAGAUAAUACUACAGCUGGAAGCUUCUCUUGAAAAUCGUGAGAGAGAAGUCUCUGAUUUGCAGAAAACGAUGACAGAAUUGGGUGAAGAUUUAGAGCAGGGAGAGCUGAGACAGCAGAAGCACCUUCAAAUAACUGAUGAAUCUGGUCGAAAGCUAUAUGACAAUGAAGAAAAAGAGCGGGAAACCUUACAAAAGAAAGUAGAACUAGAAAACCGGGAAGCAGAACUAAUUCGUAUAUCAAGAGAUGAUAACUCAUUACAGCCAAGCCAGAUGAACCAGGAGAUUAGAGAUAGAGAAAAACAAGUAGAGGAGCUACAGAUCCAAUUAAGAGGCCGUUCUCAAGAGUUAGAGAAAUUGAAGGAUAUAGUUAACUCACUUCAGGAUAAAAAAAAACAGGAGUUUUACAAGUUUAGAAAUAAGCGCAAUGAAGAAGUUAAAGACCUGAAAUCAAAAAUGAAAGUACAGCACGAAGAGUUACAAAAGACUCAAGAAAACAUUUCUAACUUGACUCAUACGUUGGCUGGAAAAGAGCAACUAGUGAACCAAAAAGAAACAGAGGCAGAGGAGCUACGGCAACAGUUAGAGGAAAGUGAAUCUCAGCUUGCUCAGUCACAAGCUCAGUUGCAAGAAAUACAGCUAACUGUUGAAAGCUUGCAGGCACAGACCUCCACAUCUAACAAAUCCUUAGAAAUUAAGGUUCAACAUCUACAAAAAGAACUAGACCAAGUAAAACAUGAAAAGGAAAAGGUAUUUCAUAAGUAUCAUGUGUCAGAAAAAGCUCGUAUAAAGCUACAGAAACAACUUGAUGAGAUUAUGAAGGAAAAACAAGAGCAUCAGGCUACAGUUUCUGAUCGAGAUGCUCAAGUGGCCAAACUAAAGGCAGAAGUUGGUAGACUUCAAACAGAGUUCGCUAAGCACAAAGAGGAACUACAACGUAAGCUGGUAAUAACAGAACUAGAAUCCCAAGCUAUGCAGGACCUGCAUAAUCAGUUUAAUUUGCAACAAGAUGCUCUCAGUGAACUACAGAACAAGUUGGUUCAUGUUGAAGCUGAACGGGAUGAACUCUAUAGAGAGGUUCUUAUCCUACGUGGAACACAAGAAGAAAGGAAUCAGCUAGAAAGCAGGUCAACCACUCUUCAACAACACUUAGGUGAUUUAAAACAAAGAACGACCCUUAAUGACCACGCUGUAAUUAGCUGGUGGUGGUGGUGGUGGCUAGGUUUAGUUUUAAUAUUGGUAUUAGGUGAUCCAAUGUUGACUUGUAUAUAUAACUGGCUUUUGUCUUAACUUCUCCUAGGAAAAUAAAACAGACUUGUUUUUCUGCUGUGGUUUGUUUUCUGUCUCUUCUUUGUAUUUCUAUGUUCUGUAACAUGGAAAUAAUACUAUAAGGAAGUUUCAAACAGUUAAAAAAAAACUGAAAUAAAUAUGUCUGUCAAGUUCAGUUUCACUAUUUUAAUUUAUUUUGUAUCAUUAAAACAGUCAAAUUGUUAAUCUAUAAACAAUUAUGUUUUUCAAAGGAGAUCUAAAGUAAUAACUAAAAAACUGUGUAUUAUAAUUUUAUCUUUCUUUUUAUGUUUAUCUUAAAAUAUCUUUUUCAUGAUUUAAUCAACAGAACCCAAAGAUGUUAUAAUUAGAAGUUCACUUUGUUAUAUCUUUAUAAAAAUAAACUUUUAUUCUAUGCCAAGUGAAAUAUUAAAAAAAAAGUCUAAAGUUUAUAGAUAUAAGAUACUAAUGCUGUAUUCAUUAUACAAACAUUUAUUUGUAUGUGUUUAACCAAACUAAAUGGAGACCUUUUACUAAAAUCAUGGUUCUACAGAAGAGAAUACUAAAGAUUUCUUAUUAAUUUUUAUUUUUUUUAUAUAUAAUGCAGAAAUAUAUGUAAAACGUUAUCUACAAAAGCAAUUCUUUCUUGUGAAUCUUUAUUUGUAAUCUCACCAUAUAUAUAUAUAUAUAUAUAUAUAUAUUAUUAUUAUUAAAGCAGCAUACAAUUAAAUCCAAACGAUAGUGAUAUGUGCUUGUAAUAUUAUAGUACAGUACUAAUCAAAUAUAAAUGGCUUAGUGUGGUAUUUUUAUACCCUCGCAAAACAGGUAGUAGUGCUCUAACCAAGAUCAGUGACAAGACAGUUUUGGUUUCAUCAAAGUGGCUGCAGUUUUCUGACUAACAUACAUCAUAGGAUAUCAUUAUAUGAAGGGCCGCUGUCUAAUAUUAAUCUAUAGGUGAAUUGCCUUUUCACAUUGUGGCAUAUUUAGUAGUGUCAUACAGCAGUAUUCCAAUCGCUAACAAACAUAGUGAGGCAUUAUUGGGAUAUGAUUUUCAUUUGUACUUUAACUACAACUAAACUGUACAGCAUUGUUGAAAUGAAUAGCCAUACGACUAAAACCAGAUCAUAAUUUAAUGUUUUUACACCAGAAAUUACAGCAUUGUAAUAAUCGUAAUUUUCUUGGCAGAUUUAUUAGUGCUCUGGCUGAAGGCAGACCAUGCCCUUGAUGACAUAUUGAUCAAGGUCAUGGAAGAGUUGCUAAGAUCAACUUAUAGUAUGUUUUGAUCUUUUAUCAUAUAUUAAAUGGGAGAGUAAUUGAUACAGUAAGUGCAAUCUCAUACCGUGUAACAAAACACUGAAUUAUUUAUGAUUUAUCCAACAUUUAAUGAUUUGUUGUUUAGUGUUUAGAAAUUUGAAAAUCGAUCCAUUCUUGAUAGCAAAGCAUUAGGAGUUAAAGAGAGCAAUCUUAAUAUAAACUCAAAAGAUUUGAGUGUUUUUUAACAAUGGACUGUUAUUAAAUAACACCAAUAUCCAUUGAGUUAAUGUUAAAUCUUAUCUGAUAGAUCUUUGUGUUUAUCAAUGUAUGACAUAAUAAUUGCUAUGAUUACAGAAUUGCUAACUAACAUAGUUGUAUAAUCACUUGUUAUCCUAUGCAAAUAAAUGGUUUAUCGAAAAAUAUAAUUU